AUGAGUAUUUGUCAAUUUCCUAUAAGCAAUUCAAAGGGAAUAUGCUAUAGGCAAAGAACUACAGAAUGUGUCAAAGAAAAUAAUGGAAUAACUAAGUUUUUUUUAAAAGAUUUAAUAAAAGAAUCAACUUUAAAAAACAAUGAUGAUGUAUCAAAAAACGAAAUACAAGAUAAAGAAAAAAAAAAUGUCCAUCCAAAUGAAAAAAAUCAAUCAUUUAAUGUGUCAUAUACUUGGGAAACUGAUAUAAUAAGCGGAUUGAGGUUUAUAAAUGUUCUGAAUAAAAAGGACAAGAAAAAAUUAGGCUUUCAGUGCAUAUAUUGUAGAGAUAGACAACUUUUUAAAAAAAAAAGUAGUGUAUUAUUUCACAUGGUUACCUUUAAUCAUGGUUUAAAAAAUAGUGUCAUAGACGAAUUAAAGAUUAACGAAAGAACUUCAGACGAUCGAUUAAAUUUUAUAAACAAUUUUAACGCGGAAAAACAAAUAACUAUAGAAAAAGAAAAUAUUGUUGAAAAAAAUAUUACAAAAGAUUAUAAUUUAAUUAAACUUGAAAUAGAAUUUGUAUCAACAAUGAAUUUAUUAACAUUGGAUGAAUUAAAAGAGCUGUUUUUAUUUUUUUUUCCUGAACAAGUAAUGUCAACUGAUGAAAAUAUAAUUAAAGAAAAUGUUAUUGAAAAGUUUUUAUUAAAUAUAAAUUCCUUAUCAGAAAAUUAUUCUAGAAUAAUUGAAAAGGAGUAUCAUAUGCCUCAUUGUAGUAAAGAUUUAAAUCAUAUCACAUUAAGUGAAUAUUUAAACCAAUUAAAAAAUGUAAAAUUAGAAGAAAAAACUAAUCUUCAUUGUGAAGAAAUUGUGGAUAGUGAGCUAGCCAUUAAUGAAACGAUGACUAGCCAAAAUAAACAAUGUGAAGAAAAAAAAAUGUGUGCAAAUCAGGAAAAAAAUAUAGUAGAAACAAGCAAUGAAAAUAUUUUGUCUAAAAAUAUUACAGAAGAACAGAAGGUAUAUAUAAUUGAAGAAAAUAGGAAUGAUAAAAUAAAUGCAGAAGAUCAAGUACACAUAAAAAGUGUAGAAAAAAAAGAUAAUGUUGUUGUUGAUGAAAAAAAUAUGAACAAUCUUGUAAUUGAACAAAAUAUUGAGAAUGUCAUUGUGGAAGAGAAAAAAAAACGAAAAAGAAAAGAAAAAAUCAAGAUAGAUGAAAAUAAGCAUAUAUUAAUAAAUAUAAAUGAUUAUAACAUUCUUAGGCAUGAUGAUCAAUUAUUUAUUAGUUUAACGACAAAUAAAAACAAACCUAGAAAAGAAAAAACAAUUAUAGGGAAAGAAAAUUUGCUAAUAAUAAAUAAUAGUAUAAAUAAUGAUGAAAUGAAUAAGCAGGAUAACAAUGAUGAGAACAUGAAUACUACUACUUGUAGUAAUAUUAAUGAUAAUAAUAGUACUAAGAGUAACAAUAAUAAUAAUAAUAAUUUUCAUAAUAUUUAUAAUUGCGGCAGUAGUUAUAAUAAUCAUGAACAUAUUAAAAAUGUUAAAGGGUCAGAUAAUAGUAAUAUUCAUCCAAACUCAAAUAAUAAUAAUAAUAAUAAUAAUAAUGACAAUAAAAAUAAAAAUACUAUGAAUGUUUUAUUAAACUUGAACGAUAAGGAGAAAAAAAAAAGAUCACGAAACGAAGGAAAUAAAGAAGCAAAAAUGAAUGUAACUAAAAAAGUAAGAAAUAUGGAAAACAAAAAUAAUAUGGAUACAAAUUUUUUAUAUGAAAAAAAUGUGGACAAUCAAAAUAAAAAUGAACAUUUGUCUGAACAGAAAUUAAUUAAUUAUGAAUCUAUAAUAGGGAUAGAUGAUAUCACAAAAAGUAAUGGUUUGAAAGAACAGGAUAACACAAUAUCUUCAAAUCCGAAUUAUAAUAUUAUUAGUACAGCUUCCAAUACAUGUGAUAUGCAAGAAGAAUUUUAUAACAAUAUGAAUAUAAAUAUAAAUAGAUGUUUAUGCAAACAAACCAUCAUCAACAACAACAAUGAUGACAUUAAUAAUAAUAAUAAUAUUAUAAAUGUAAAUGAAACUAAAGAACAAGGUAAUGUUAAAGAUUCAUAUAGUACAAAUAAUAAUGAAGAAGACACAAAUAUUCUUAAUAAGAUACCUAAUGAUAAUAAAAUACAAAGAAUACAGAUACAGGUAGACGAUGAUCUAAAUGAUAAUAAAAAGAAUAUUUCUGAAAAAAAUGUGGAAGAACCCAUUUUGAAUUGUUCAAAAAAUAAGAUUGUUAACAUGGUUAAUUAUAAAGAUAAAAUUAGGAUCGAUAAAAGGAGAAACAAAAGUGUUAUUGAAAAAAAGGAAAUUAAUAAUAAAAAUAUUCUAAAAAAAAUAACAAAGACAAAUACAUUAAAUAGUAACACAAAAGGAAGAAAACAAAAAGCAAAUAUAAUUGAGACACAAAAAGAUAAUAUUUUAAAAAAAAACUUAAAAAGAAAUUAUUCUUAUAAAAUUAAUACUUAUAAAGAAAAGAAAAGAAUUAUUAAUUAUAAUAAAAGAAAUAAUAGUAGAAAGAAUAUUAUAAAAACAACAGGUUUGAUGAAUAAUUAUUAUAAACAUCAACAUAUAGAUAAUAUUAUUAUUAAUAAAAAAAAAAAUACAAAGCUAUUCAAUAAGAAAAACAAACUAAAUAAUAUUAUCAACAAUAAAUGUUAUAAAAAGGUAAAUGAACAUAUAUGCACUUCUUCAAUUAAAGAAAUUAAACAGUUAUGUAAUUUAUCUAAUGAAAAUAUUAUUCCACAUAAUGAACAUUUGUCAUGCACACGUUCAUAUAGAUUAUCAAGAUAUAUAAAAAAAUAA